AUGCGGCGCAUGGGGUGCUUUCACACUCGCAGCCACUGGUCCUGCUCCGUGGCCAUGUUCACGUGCUUCUCCUGCCUGCUGAUGGUGUGGCACACCAUUGUGCUGCUGUUGAUGUUCUGCUAUGACUACAACGUGAAGCAGGCCUUUGCGGUGCGGUUCCUGAUGGUCUCCUCCGGGAUAUUCGUUGUGGCAAAUUGGGCCUUCUGGCGCGAUUUCGUGCGCAACUAUCGGGAUACUCAGGAUGAUGAGCGGUUAGAUUUCGUGGGUUUGUACAAGCUCCAGCUGCUGUGCAAGCUGUACAAAUCCAAGGUCAUCACUUCGCACAAGGUGGCUGAUCUGCUUGCUGGGCCUGACAGUGGGCCACUCUCUUGUACAGUAUGCCUCGAGGACUUUACUCGCAAUGAGACUGUCGCGAAGCUUCCCUGCUCCUUGACUCGCAUGAUGCGCGGAAGCAUCUACCCCGUCUUGCUAACCUAUCUUGUGAAGAAGGGCUAG